AUGCAGACGAGCGGCAUCAACGACAGACCAUUGAACGACAGACCACUCACUGCUGUCGAUACCAACGUCAUCGAGGGGCUAGACAUCGAAGCCGCUAUGGCGGCCCUUGACGAUGAGACGAUUACGUCGGACAAGGUCAAGGAUCUGUUCGCCAGUCUGGGCGAGAAAGCGAAAGCCUCGUCUACUCGGGUAGCGGCUCUACCGUCGUCACAGCUAAAUUGUGCAGAGCUUGAAGCUUGCAAGCAGCGACUGAAAGACAGGUUAGAGCAUCUUCGUUCCACGAGAGAUGUGCUUGGUGCAUAGUCCGUGAACGCCGUACAGCAGACACCGAGGGCUAAUUUGGUGACGCACCACUGUACAGAGUAGUAGACGUUUUUGUGCCGAGGGGGAAUGGGCUCUUGGCAGGAUUUAUAGCCUGUGCGCUGGUUGUCGCGGAGUAUGUGACCAGUCGCAUGGUGUACCCUGGAGAGGUUUUAGUAUGAAGUACUCCAAGUGCGUGUG